AGCACUCUGUGGUGGGCCAGAAGACAGGCCCCAGCCCAAGUCCCAACUCCUGCUCAAAUCCAAACACUGGAAGUGGUUACAUGAACCCCCAGCAGUCGCUGUUGAGUCAGCAAUUGAUGGGGAAGAAACAGACUCUCCAGAGGCAGAUCAUGGAGCAGACACAGCAACUUCUUCUCCAGCCGCAGAUGCUGCUCGAUGCAGAGAAAAUUCCUCCACAAGAUCAGAUAAACAGACAUUUGACAAGGCCACCCCCAGAUUAUAAAGACCAAAGAAGAAGCGUGGGAAAUAUGCAGCCAACUGCUCAAUAUUCUGGUGUUCCAACGACAGUGAGUUUAAACUCUAACCAGGCUUUGGCCAACCCAGUUUCAACACAUAGCAUUUUAACUCCAAAUUCCAGCCUCAUGUCAACGUCUCAUGGGACAAGAAUGCCAUCGUUAUCCACAUCAGUUCAGAAUAUAGGGAUGUAUGGAAAUCUGUCUUGUAACCAGCCUGGUACUUACAAUGUCGCUACGGGAAUGAAUCAACUGACCCAGCAGAGGAACCCAAACCAACUGAUAGCAAAUCAAAGCAACCCUCUGAUGUCACGGCCUCCUACCUUAGGGCCAAGUAAUAGCACCAACGUGGCCACUUUUGGCACUACAUCUGUUGGCAAUUCCCAACAAUUAAGACCAAACUUAGCCCAUGGCAUAGCAAGCGUGCCAGCACAGCGAACAUCAAAUGUAAUGAUCACAUCUAACACAACAGCACCAAACUGGGCCUCUCAAGAAGCCACCACCAAGCAGCAGGAAGCCCUGAAGUCCGCAGGAGUCCGCUUCCCAACAGGCACACCUGCAGCCUUUACCCCAAACCAGUCAUUGCAACAGGCAGUAGGGAGCCAACAGUUUUCCCAGAGGGCAGUGGCUCCUCCUAACCAGUUAACACCAGCAGUGCAAAUGAGACCCUUGAGCCAAAUGAGCCAGACAUUAAAUGGACAAACUAUAGGUCCACUCAGAGGUCUGAAUCUCAGGCCCAAUCAGUUAAACACACAGCUAUUGCCGAAUAUGAACCAGGGGGGAACAGGGUUGAAUCCGACGAGGACAGGCAUCAGCCAGCCGCCAGCCCUGACAUCCAACAAUUUUCCAUCUCCCAACCAAAAUUCCAGGGCCUUCCAAGGCACUGACCCCAGCAGUGACUUAGCUUUUGACUUCCUCAGUCAACAGACUGACAGCAUGGGCCCUGCCCUUAACAGUGAUGCUGAUUUCAUUGACUCUCUGUUGAAGACAGAGCCUGGAAACGAUGACUGGAUGAAAGACAUCAAUCUUGAUGAAAUCUUGGGGAACAACUCCUGAAGUAGAAAAGGGAGAUGACUCACAAACUUCAAGCACUAAAAGGCAGUAUUUUAAGAAGACUGCGGAAAGGCCAAACGGUUGACUUUGACGUGGACUCCGUGAAGAUACCAUGGCUCAAAACAGAAAACAAAAAGGAAUUGGGGCGGUGAACGUUCUGAUCCACAUGCUUGUUUUAUGUCUGAAAACGGAAAGUAAGACAUUGGCUAACGUUUCCCUGUCUAAACUCCAGGACACAGUAUCCAAUUUGUCCAAACAGAACUCUGUGUUGAUCUGUAAUUAAUUGGUUUUUAAGUGGGUUUCCCAAGCUCCGUUUCUCCCUCCCUGGAAGAACAGUAAUAGAACCUACAGCUUGUUUAAACUUCAUGCCAUGCGGAGAAACUAAUUCCAACCAACAAGCAACUUGCUCUCAUAGGUAGUGUGUUUUCAUCUUCCCACAAUUUUUUAAAAUUUAAUUUUCUUAAAGCUUCCAAAGUAGACUGAAAUGUUACAGAUUUUCUGGUAACAACCAAGCAGACUCUAAGUAAGGGGGGAGAGAGAGAGAGAGCAUAUAUAAGUGGGAGGGAGAGAGAGAUUAUAGAAUAUCUAUCCUAGAUCCUGCCCUCGUUCCUUUUUCCCAUGUAUUGCAUACUUCACAAGGACAUUUUUUUAGGGAGGAAACAAAGGUAUAGAGCUGUGAGACUUAUUUGGGCUUCCACAACAAAUCUCUGAGUCCGUUCCCAAGUUUUAGACACUGCCAAGACCUGGCCGAAUCCUACUGAAACAUUGGUGGACGUGUGUGUGCAUUUGAUUUUAUUAUUGUUUUUUAAAAAUACUCCAUUGGGCAUUGCUAUAAAGGAGGGGUUUGUUUUCAUGGUUGUUUUUUUUUUAAUUACACAAAUAAACUAGGAUGUUGCUUGUUGUUAUGACGCCUGCUGGUGAUCACAAUUAGGUCUUUCUACUUAUUUCCAUGAGUAGAGACUGAUUUUUAUCAAGGAAGUUUAGUGAGCAAAACUGAAACUAGAGGUAUCAUGUUUGGGCUGCAGAUAAGAAGCAAGAGGUCAGGACCAGUGGUGAGUGUGAAGCUCAGUACAAAAAUAUUUGCUAGGUGCAGUGGUUCUCCACCUUCCUCAUGCCGCGACCCUUUCAUACAGUUCCUCAUGUGGUGGUGAACCCCCAACCAUCA